AUGAUGGAAUGGAAGAACAAUGUUCCAGAAGGGAAAAUAAAUAAAACUUCAGGUUCUCAAAAUAGAAGACCUUCUGGUGGCGGAAAUAAAAAAGCGAACGAUACUGUUGAAUAUUUUGGUACUACACAAAAACCUAAAUCCAAGCGUAAGCCCAAGAAAGAAAGCAAGAUGAUCAAUAUUGAAGAAUUUGUAUGCACCUAUGGCACUGGCAAUAAUAUUGUUAGUUCAGAGCCAAUUAAAGCUGCUGCAACAUUCCCUGUUACUACAAAUGCUUGGGCACGCAAAAAAGGGUCAGAACUUUUUGCCAAAGCUAAAGAUGAUAAUGAGGAAGAAAAAAUGUUAAAAAUGGCGAUUGCUGAAAGUAUUAAAAGUGCCGAAGAACAUUCUCGAACCAAAGAUUCCUCUUGGAAAAAUGACCAAGAAAAUGCUAUUGGUUCUGAUGACCUGAUGUUCCAAAAAAAACAUAAUUCCCAAAACAAAAAGAAUUCCAGAGGAUCUAAGGAAUCUAGAUCCAUAAAUUGUUGGAAUAACAGUUCAUUUGCUAAAGAAUCAGAUGAUUAUGGUUUUGCAUCUGAACACAAUAAAACUAAUAAAAGCCCUAAAGUUGGGAUACUCUGGGAAGAUGAUUCCAAGAACAAUAGGUCCAAAGAACGAAAAGACAUUAAAAGCAAGUCAAAACACAUUCAAAAAGACAAACCUAAAGAAAAUAAACCAUCACCUACUGACAGCCCUCUUAAGCCAGAAAAAAAACUUAGGCAGAGGGGUGACUGGAAGGAAACAUUCAUCAAAGACAACUAUCAACCAGAAAGAAAUGUGAGAUCAAAUGAUAUUGAUGAUCAAAGACCUCAACCUCAAGCCCAUGAUUGGAGCGUUCUUACAUCUGGUUGGAAUAAACCAGAAGAAAAAAAAGAUGAAAAAAAGCCGUCCAACAUGUGGAAUGGUGAUGUAGGUGUCAAUGUGUCCAAAAAUAAAUGGGAUGCUUCUAACUGGUCUUCAGAGCCCGUUAAAACGGAAUCUGUAGAUAUUUGGAGCAGUGAUCGCCCCAAAAGUAAUUCAGUUGUUUGGAAUGACCCAGUUGAAGCCAAAGAUGAUGGUAUUGAUGAAAAACUCAUUCAGUCUGAACGGAAAGAAAUUAAGCCUAACGUGUAUGGCUUUACUGAUUCUUGGGGACCGAUGAGUACUCAAAUUAAAGAACCUCCUAAACCUAUUGAAAGUCCUAAGUUUGUUGAAAAAAAACCACUACCGGCUCCAGAUUUCAAUAGGUACCUUUUGGAAGCUCUUAGUCAGAGUUCGCCAUAUAAUGUGCCACCACACACAGAACCCCAAAUAUCUCAGACAAAUACUGAUAGUCUGUAUUCCAACAUGGAAUCUGUCCUUCCAAAAACCUCUAGUUCGGUGUUAGAAACGAACAACUCGCCAGAGUUCCUUUCCAACUUACAUUUUUUGGCCAACAUGACCCAAAUAUGUGAUAGGCUAGGUCUCAACAAUAAGCAAUUACUUUCAGACUUGCCAGUCGGUGCAACUAGUAGUGGUGUUGAACCCGAUUUACUUCAACAACCACCUACGUUGAAUCAGAUACAGCAGAAUCUGAACUGGAACCAAAAGGCUACCCAGAAGGUGUAUCAACCGUUCCAGCCUGUGCUGCAACAGCAAUCAGAUUUUAUGUUGCCUAACCAGUUGCUGCAAUCUCAACAACAGCAACAACACCACCAGCAGCAGCAGCAGCAUCAACAACAGCAGCAGCAGCAGCAGCAACAACAGCAAACAUCGUUUAUGCCUGCUAAUUCAAGCAACUUCAAUCUAACUGGCAACAGUGCGUUUCCAGCAUUAAACUUAGAUCUUAACCCCCAAUUCAAUAAUCUCAUAUAUCCUAACCCAUUAGUGCCGCCACCUAAUGGUCUGUACCCCUAUCAACAUCAGACUAACAUCGAAAGGUUAGCCAAUCUAUCGCUAGGGCAGGAUAAAAUGAAUUUUCCCAUGUAUAAUUUGGUCCAGGACAAACAGACACGACUAAAUGACUCUUCAUUUAAUUCUGUUCGAGAACCAAUGAAACAAUCCAAACCAGUGCAGCCGAAUGUAUUCAUGCCCAACACACUGCCCAACUCGUACAAUUUCAACAUCGAUCCAUCCCCUCCAUUGUUUCCUGCCAAUCUGUUUUAUGCACAGAUGCCUCAAGAUGUGAACUAUGUGCAACCUAACCAGCAGCAGUUCCACAACUUCAAAGAGCAAAACAUGCAACACAUGUUUGGCAACCAGAAACUGGAGCAUCAGGUUCUCAGAGACAAGAUGUUGAAUGUGGGCAAUCCAUAUUUAAAAGAUUAA